UGGCCCCGCGGCUGCCCCUCCGCUCCCUCCCGCCCCGGCGGUUCCCGACUACAUUUCCCAGCACUGCCCUGUGCCGAGCGGGCUCUGCGGGGAGCCUCUCGCCAUCAUCGGCUCUGCCUCGCAGAGAGAGGGGCUCGGCGGGGCGGAGCUGGGCGGCCGCGGCCCCGCAGCCCCCUUUCGCCGGCUGCGGAGGGCGGUGAGGGGGCAGCGCCAUGCGGGCUGCCGCCUGCCUGCUCUGCCUGGCGCUCUGCGCCCUGCCCGCUGCCCCAGGAGGCGCCGGGCCGGCGGCAGCGCCCUUGGGGCGGCGGGGGGAGAGCCGCUUCGCCGAGCGGGAAAGCAUCAGGCCGCUGCGGCUGGUCUCCGGCGAGGGCGGCGGCGGGGCGCGGAGGCCGGCGCUGAGUACGCGGGUGCGGAGCGGCGCGGCGCGGACACAGUCCACCCACAUCGCCCGAGCCAGCUUCCAGGUGGAUGCCUUUGGGUCCUCCUUCAUCCUGGACGUGACACUGAACCAUGACCUGCUGUCCUCCGAGUACCUGGAGAGGCACAUCGAGCGGGGGGGCAGGACGGUGGAAGUCAAAGGGGGAGAACAUUGCUACUAUCAAGGGCAGAUCCGAGGCAACCCCAGCUCCUUCGUGGCCUUGUCCACCUGCCAUGGACUACAUGGAAUGUUCUUCGAUGGCAACCACACCUACCUGAUCGAGCCCGAGGAGAGCCACAGCUCCGACACUGACUCCCAUUUCCACUCUGUCUACAAGUCCAAGCUGUUGGAGAUGCCCUCGGAUGAGCUGCCACCUGAGUUCUGGCACAUGAACACCACGGCACAGGAGCUGCUUGCAAAGCCUAGGCACAGGAGGAGGAGGAGGAGGCAGGUCGGUCGGCUCCCGCGGAAGGUUGAAGAGGAGACCAAAUACAUUGAGCUGAUGAUUGUGAACGAUCACCUGAUGUGCAAGAAGCAUCGCCUGUCCGUGGGCCACACCAACAGCUACGCCAAGUCGGUGGUGAACAUGGCAGACCUGAUAUACAAAGAGCAGCUCAACACCAGGAUCGUGCUGGUUGCCAUGGAGACCUGGGCCACCGAUAACAAGUUCGCCAUCUCCGAGAACCCGCUGGUGACCCUGCGGGAGUUCAUGAAGUACAGGAGGGACUUCAUCCGGGAGAGGAGCGACGCAGUGCACCUCUUCUCGGGCAGCCGGUUCCAGAGCAGCCGCAGCGGCGUAGCGCACACCGGCGGCAUCUGCUCCUUGCUGAAGGGAGGAGGAGUCAACGAGUUUGGCAAACCAGACCUCAUGGCAGUCACCCUGGCACAGACCCUGGCCCAAAACAUUGGCAUCUUCUCAGACAGAAGGAAACUUCUAAGCGGGGAGUGUAAGUGUGAGGACACCUGGUCUGGAUGCAUCAUGGGAGACACGGGGUACUACCUGCCCAGCAAGUUCUCCCGGUGCGACGUGGAGGAGUACCACGAGUUCCUGAGCAGCGGGGGGGGCGCCUGCCUCUUCAACAAGCCCACCAAGCUUCUGGAUCCCCCAGAGUGUGGCAAUGGCUUUGUGGAAGAUGGAGAGGAGUGUGACUGUGGCAGCAUAGCGGAGUGCGCGGCGCAAGGAGGGGACUGCUGCAGCUCCUGCACGCUGACCGCAGGCUCGCAGUGCAGCACUGGGCUCUGCUGCCGCAAUUGCCGGUUUGAACCCAAGGGAGUCCUGUGCCGAGAAGCAGUCAACGACUGCGACAUCGCCGAGAACUGCACUGGCAAUUCCAGCCAGUGCUCUCCCAACAUCCACAAGAUGGAUGGCUACUCCUGCGACCACCAGCAGGGCAUUUGCUUUGGGGGAAGGUGCAAGACCCGGGAUCGGCAGUGCAAGUACAUCUGGGGUGACAAGGUGACAGCUGCUGACAGGUACUGCUAUGAGAAGCUGAACAUCGAAGGGACUGAGAAGGGGAACUGUGGUCGAGACAAGGACUCCUGGAUACAGUGCAAUAAGCAGGAUGUGCUGUGUGGGUACCUCCUGUGCUCCAACAUCUCCAGCGUGCCUCGGCUGGGGGAGCUGGAAGGGGAAAUCACAUCCUCGGUCCUGCAGCACGGAAGAGUCUACAACUGCAGUGGUGCCCACGUGAAGCUGGACGAGGACACUGACCUGGGCUACGUGGAGAACGGGACCCCCUGUGGGCCCAGCAUGGUGUGCCUGGACCACCGCUGCCUGCCCGCGGAGGCCUUCAACUUCAGCACCUGCCCGGGCACCAGCGACAGCCAGAUCUGCUCUGGGCACGGGGUGUGCAGCAAUGAGCUCAGGUGCGUCUGCGACCGCGCCUGGGGAGGGGAGGACUGCAGCACCCGGGUCAAGGAUGACCUCUUCGAGAAGGAUGCCCUCAGGAAAGGUGUGGUCAGCACAAACAUCAUCAUCGGAGCCAUUGCUGGCACCAUCCUGGUGCUGGCUCUGGUUCUUGGAAUCACUGCCUGGGGCUACAAAAACUACAGAAGACAGAGACAGCUGCCCCAGGGCGACUACGUGAAGAAGCCUGGCGAGGCCGACUCCUUCUACAGCGACAUGCCCCCGGGGGUCAGCACCAACUCGGGCUCCAGCUCGAAGAAGAGGUCCAAUGGAUUAUCCCAUUCCUGGAGUGAAAGGAUCCCAGACACAAAGCACAUUUCAGACAUCUGUGAGAAUGGGAGGCCCAGGAGCAAUUCUUGGCAAGGUAAUAUAGGAGGAAACAGAAAGAAAGUCAGAGGCAAAAGAUUUAGGCCACGGUCUAAUUCAACUGAGUAUUUAAACCCCUGGUUCAAAAGAGAAUAUAAUGUAGCUAAGUGGGUAGAAGAUGUGAAUAAAAACACUGAAGGACCCUACUUUAGGACCCUUUCUCCUGCCAAGUCUCCGUCUUCAUCCACGGGCUCCAUCGCCUCCAGCAGGAAGUAUCCUUACCCCAUGCCACCGCUGCCCGACGAGGAGAAGAAAGCCAACAGACAGAGCGCCAGGCUAUGGGAGACAUCCAUUUAGCUGCCCUGUGCUGCUGGCUGCCAUCUGGGCUGUUCCCUGGGCCUCGGUGGGACCGCGGAGCCGCUGCACAUCCAUCGCUCUCCGGGCGGCUUGGAGGACAGCAGCCAUGCCCUGAGCACCACCAGAGCUCCAUGGCCUGAGAGGAGAUAAACUGGGCCUUGGCCUUGGCCUUUCCUGCAGCUGCUGAGCUGAUGGAUUGAUGCAGCCCCAGCUCCAUGUGCCCUGCAGGGGACCAGGCCCUGCCGUGUGAUGUUCUCACCCAGAGUGCCAGCUGCAGCCCUCUGCCAGGCACACCCAGCAGGGAUGGUUGGAGGCAGCCCUGAGCUGGGCCAGAGUCGACCUGUUGAGAGGUAGCUCUGGAGGGCUCAGCUGUGAACUCCUUCGCUGUGCAUGAACCUUCUCUUCGUCGCUUUCCGCCUCCAAGGGUUCCCACCCAAGCCGCAGUAGAAACAAGCAUGCAGCAGCAAGAGACAGAGGAGCCCUCCUGGGGCAGGUCCAAGCGCUGAGAGGCAACACAAACCCCCAACGCCGAAGGUUUCUCUCUUGCUUUUCCACCUGAUGUGUUUGUAGCCCCAGUGAGCAGCCUGGAGACAGCCAGACAUUGGCUCCUGGCAGUCCCAGCCCAGCUGCAGCAGUGGACAUUGCCAGAUGCCUGCAGAAGUGGUCCUGACUGAUGUCAUCACGCUCCAGCUGUUCUGGGGCCAUGAGCAGACCUCUCUGGGGGCACAGGAGGUGCAGCACUGUACAGUUGUGUCCCUCAGACUCAAGUGUUCCUCCUCUCAGUGUCUUACAGCCUCGAUUGACAUCAGCACACCCCAGAGCAGACCUCUUUGGAGGUGCAGAAGGUGUAGCACCAUAGAGUUGUGUCCCCCACAGCGGUGUCUGACCCCAGUUUUCCUCACCUCAGUGUCCUACAGUCACGAGUGGCAUCAGCACACUGCAGCUGUUCUGCCUCCGUGGGCAGAUGGCUCUGGGGAUAGCGAAGGUGCAGCACUGAAGCUGUGGCCCUCGGAGCGGUGUCUGACCCAGCCCGUGCCUGCCUGCUCACUGCUCAGUCCUGGCAGUCUCCGUGGGAAGCGGCGGAGCAGGACCUGUCUCCAGCCACCACCAGAGGGACCAGCCAGGGUCUGCUGCUCUGCGAGACGCCACCAGGAGUGGCUCAGCAGAGCCUUCAAACAAGCUGCACGCUGAGGGAUGCUUCUGAGUGCUCAGCCCAGGAGGUGGUGGUGGUGAUGGCCUCCUGGGGAGAGCUGCUGGGCUGUGCUGGGGCAUUUCAGAGGGCAAGGAGCAGUGUACCCACUGCACUGUGCUGGCUGACAGCAGGGUGGGCAUUGUACCACGCUCUGGAGUGCUGUGCUGGAAGUUCCCCAAGUCUCCUUGGCUAUCUUCAUCAAGCAAUUCUUGCCCACAGGGGUGAGGAGACACUGGAACUGGUGCCCAAGGGAGGUUGUAGGAGCUCCAAGCCUGGCAAUGUUCAAGGCUGGGCUUGAUGGGGCCUUGAGCAAGCUGUGCUGGUGGAAAGUGUCCCUGCCCAUGGCAGGGGGUUGGGGCUGGAUGGUCUCGAAGGUCCCUUCCAGCCCAUUCUGCAUCUAAACUGAGCACAAGGGAGUUUUAGCUAAGCCCACCACGGGAAGUAAAACUUUUGCCAUGGAGAUGGUAACACCUGGAGGUGUUCAAGGCCAGGCUGGAUGAGGCCUGGAGCAAGCUGUGCUGGUGGAAGAUGUCCUUGCCCAUGCAGGGGGUUGGGGCUUGAUGGGCUUGAAGGUCCCUUCCAGCCCAGCCCGUUCUGUGCCCUGAGCUGUUAAGUGUUGGUGUCUCAGUGGCUGGUUGGAUGCACCCCCUGAGAGUUGGUGUAACACAAAUGCUUUGGGCUGGGCUGCUCUUGGACCCCAUUAAACCAGUUUAUAACCCUCCA